CACUGAGCUGAGAUGAUUGAGCUUGGGUAACCGAGCUCUUCUGCUUAGAUAGCAAAAUGUGACGGUUUCCCAUCAAAGACAUGAAACCUUCCGUUUGACAACAUGUGGAAAGCACUAAAAAGUUUUCGUAAAGUUCUAAACAACCAGUUUGAAUGUGCAAGCAAAACACAAGGCGCUGCGCCCCUGCAGCAUCCAUUCACUGGGGCUGCCAGCAGCGAGCAGAAUCAACAACAAAGGCAUCAGAAAGUCAGAAGAAACUGCCACACAUGCAAACAGUAUUACAGAUAUUUUAGAAGAAAAGCAAGGCGGAGCACUAGUGAUAAGAGGUCUGAAAACUGCCUUGGUCAAGGUACUGAGAAAGAAGAAGGCUGGCAAAGAUGGCAGAGUCACACAGAGUUCAUUGCCAGCCAGCCUAAAGCUCCGAAUGUGUUGGUUGGUUGGGGUGCAAUAUUAGCUCUAGGCUUCCACAUUUCCAAGGCAUGUAGAAGCCAAGAAGUUCAACAUGGCAAAAAGACCAAGAAAUGCCCCUGGCAUCAGAUGGCCAAUACUGUGCCACAGGGCAUUGCAUACAUGGUGGCCAGAAAAAAUGUAGCCGGUGUCUCGGGUGUGAAGUCUGAAAAGGAUCAGCAGCAGGUCCUCCCAGAACCUGGGUAUCUCACUGAGGCAUGUAAGGAGUUCCGGGAGUUCAAAGAUUUAUCCUCUUCCUGCAGUUCAGGAGACGAAGAAGUGACUCAGUCCAGCAGUUUGGACAAAGAAUUUGUGGACUUUGCACAGUUUUACAGCUCUUUUGACAAGAAAUUCAAGGAUUUGACAGAAGAUUUUGACUUUGUAGAUUCAUCCACAAGCAAACAUUCUCCUUUCCAAGCUGACAGUGACCAGUCACAGACGAACUCGGAGCCCGUAUCUCUUGAGGAAGCCUGGGCAGAGUUCCAGGGUUUAUCCAGGACAUAUAGCUCAGUGGAGGAGAACAUCUUGGCAUUGAAGCAUGCUUCAGAAGGAAACCUGGAGGAAGCUACAAAGCACUGGCAGACAGCAGCACAGGAAGCUGAGUAUGCCAGCGCACACUUCAAUUUGGGAGUGUGUUACGAGCAUGGGAAAGGGGUGGAAAAAUCGAUUGAAAAAGCUUUUAACCACUACCAGGUGGCGGCAUCUGGUGGUCAUGCCAAGGCAGCGUAUAACCUGGCUGUUCUGUACUUAGAGGGACAUGGCGUGGAGCAGAACACCAAUAAAGCUCUAUCUUUGUUGGAGAAAGCUGCAGAACAUGGAAUUUCACAGGCCCAGACAGAAUUGGGUGCAUUUUACACAGAAGAGGAAAACAAGGACCUGAAAAGAGCAGCUAGUUUGUUUGAGUUAGCUGCAAAGCAAAAGGAUCCAGAUGGCCAGUUUUGCCUGGGUGUAUGCUAUGAACAGGGUUGGGGUGUGGAACAGAAUGAGUGCAAGGCGGCUGAAUUAUACAGGAAGGCUGCCAAAAGCGGCCAUGAUGGAGCACAGUACAACCUGGGGGUUUACUUUGAAAGUGGGAGAGGAGGUCUGCCAGUGAGCAAUAAGUCUGCCAUUGAGCUGUAUGAACAAGCUGCUAAUGCAGGAAAUGCCGAUGCCAAGCAUAACUUGGACCGCCUUCUUACCUUGGAAGCUUUAGACUUGGUCACAAGUAAUAUUACAGCAACAACAGAAGCCAAAGAGCCCUCAUUGAACAAAAGCACAUCAUGCACACACAUUUCUUCACAAGCCUCACAGCUUUCAUUAGCAUCCAAGGAAGAUUUGGGACUUCAAGUCACAAAGAAAGACUCGAGACAAAACCUUGAUGAGAUGUUUUCGGUAUUUAAUAUUCGCGAGAUUCCCAAAAGUGAGUCUGCUGUGCUAAGACCAGUAUUUCAACUAGGGGCAAGUGAAGACGACUGUGUGACAGUGAUGAAGAUUUAUCAGAACAGGAGCUCUAUACACAGUAACAGACUGGACAUCCCCUAUGUGCACUCCCCAAUGGACAGAAUGGCUUACAAAACACACCAGGGUCAUUUAUCUAUAACGUGACGUUGAUUCUGUAACUUUUUGUCCACUGUGUAUUGAUAUUGUUGCAUUUAUCAUCAGUGGUGAUUAUAGCUUCCAAAGAUAUAUGUGCUCUUUUCUAUACAGGAUGAAGUCCUAUUUACACAGCAUGUUUGUGACAUGAAUGAGAUUAGAGAUUUAACAUGUUCUUGUAAUCAGAACUU